UGUCUUUCUAUCUCUCUCACACACACAACCCCACUUCUAUAACGUAUGUACUCAACCACUCUCUCUCUCUCUCUCUCUCUCUCUCUCUCUCUCUCUCUUGUUGAAAAUGGCUAGACUUGCUGAAUUCUUUCCCACCCCAAUCUCUACGGCUUCUGGUGGCGAUUCUCCCGAGAAAUGCCCAGAACGUCGCCGACGGAGAAUCGAGUUGAGACGGUCCAGGUGUUCCCCAAGGCAGCUCCCUAAGGUGAGUUGUUCUGAAGGGACGCAAAUGUCUGAUUUUGUUUCGAGAGGACAGAAACGUCAUUUCAUGGAGGAUCACGAGGCGAGGACGUCGGCUGCGCUGGAGGUGGCGGCGCCGUCGACGCCGGUAGCGAAGCUUCCGGUUCGGCGAUUGGUUAGAAAUCUGAUGCCCAUUUUCGCAGCCAUUUCGACUGCAGGGAAUAUGGAUGAGCGGUUGUCGGUGAAGGAAGACUUCUGUCGGCCCCAAAUCAUCGGUGGACAGCCUCUUCAUCUAUUUGCUGUCUUUGAUGGUCGUGGGAACCCUCAUGUCUCCAUUCUUUGCAAGGAACUGAUGCACCUCGUGAUAGGUGAGGAGCUGACGCGCUUGAAUCCCACCGGCAACGAAAGCAGCGGCGGCAGCAGCUCGCAAAGCAAAAAGUUGGUGCAGGCUCAGCUUCUGUGGGCCAUGAACAAAAGCUUCCACCGGGUGGAUAUAGUGUCUCAAGGCAUGUGCUUGUGUGGGAAGACUAAAGGGAUCUCUUGUGCUUGCAAUCCCCUCAGGCUGGGCUUCGGCGGCUCUGCCGCCGUGGUAAUCGUAUUGACAGCUGACAGUAUGAUAAUCGCUAACUUCGGAAGAUCACGCGCCGUUCUCUGCCGUGCUGGGAAAGCCAUCUCACUCUCUAAUCGCCCUAAGUCAGGUAGAAAUGAGGAAGUGGAAAGGCUAUUGAAAGAAGAAGAAAAAGGAAGACCUUAUGAAAUUCUGAUGAACAAAUUAAUGAAAACAGUGAAUAGACCAUCGGGACCGGAGAUUCUCAUCGUGGAAAGGGCGGUGGAAGAUGAGUGUUUGAUUCUUGCAAGCAAUGGACUUUGGGAUGUGAUACCCGAAAGCAUAGCUUGUGGAAUAGCGAGUAGGACUCUUGGAGAUGAAAUUGUGGAUGGUGUGGGUGUACAGCAGGUUGAUCUGCCUCCUCCUAAUCGGCCUAAUCAAGACUGCAACAACAAUAAUAAUAUUUCAAGUGUGUUUUCAAGUAUUGACAAUGACACUCAAAGAGACGCAAGAUUUCCAUGUAAGAGUGGACUUGUGGCAACAAUACUGUGCCGUCUGGCUCUAGGGCGUGGAAGAAGUAACAAUAAUGUCAGUGUCAUGGUUGUGGACUUGAAGAGCAACUGAUUUCCAGUCGAUAUAUAUCCACAAGCAAUAAAGCUCUGAGGCUGUCUUCUUCAAUCCGGUAUAUAAUGUACUUUGUAUAUAAUAUAAAUAAAUGUGAAUUAAUGUUCAUCAUGAUGAUUUUAGGACCUGGAAGUUUAGGAUAGUUUUGAGACUAGUAAUAGAAGGAUAGUAAGCUGCAUUAAUUGUCCGAGGUACAAUGCCGCAUUGUUCUGGUAUAUCCAUUGGAUAUGAUCAUGUAUGAAGAUUUUGAUAUCAAUACAUUUGAUAUAUAUGAACAUUCAUGUUA